GUCGGACUAAAGAAAACGGAAAUACCAAGAAAGAGGAGCGGAUAAGGUGAAUGUCACCUUGUGCCCUGUUGAUCACUCGUUACAAUCUCUAUCUCGUGGCGGGAACACCAUCUUUAGCUAAGCAUCACCUCCGCCCAGAUCAUACUUGAAGACAUUUAUAAUUGGUAAUUCAAUUGUUGCUUCUUUUGUGUUGAAGAUUUUUGGGACAUUAUAUUAGAUAUGUUAUGAUGUUGUGAUGAUAUCAACAUUAUAUAGAUAAUAUUAACAACAUUACAGUAUCAUCAUUUUAGCUCUGAUCAUGCCAAUAGCAGGAUCUUUAGUGGGUCAAUCUUACCAUUUAUAUAUAUGUAAAUCAGCAAUUUAUACGGGAAACUACUAUAAUGGGCAAUUGGAUUUCACAACUUCCUCAAUACUCAUGUUGAGACCCGGUAAUACUUCGAUUAUUAGGGGGUUAGUGGGUUCGGUUUCCCUGAUCAAUGGCUUGCGUAUUAAGCAGCAGUUGUUGAAGUCUGUCAAAAAUGAAGACCAAGGGAUUUUACUAGAUGAUGAUGAUGAAGAUGACGAUGUUUGUCCUGUUGAGUGUGUCAGAGAAUUCAAAACUGAUGAGGAGUUCUUAAAAAUUUUAGAGAAGUCUAAGAAGAAGAACUCUUUGGUGGUCGUAGACUUCUACCGCACAUCUUGUGGCAGUUGCAAGUACAUCGAGCAAGGAUUUUCUAAACUCUGUAAGGCUUCCGGUGAUGAUGAUGUUCCUGUCAUUUUUCUGAAGCAUAAUGUUAUGGAUGAGUAUGAUGAACAAUCAGAGGUUGCUGAACGACUUCGAAUCAAGACAGUGCCGCUCUUCCACUUCUACAAGAACGGGACUUUGCUCGAAGCGUUUCCGACCAGAGACAAAGAGAGGAUCACAGAAGCAAUCUAUAAGUAUAUGUAAUCUCCUGCACCUCAAGAGAGUACAAACUAGCUUCUUCAACUAUUUUUUUGUCAAUAUAUAUUAUUGGUUUAAUCAGGAUGACUAGAUGUCCUUACAUGAUACUUCAGCCAAUAAAUUGGAGUGGUUGUUUUUAUAAAUGCCAAAUAGAAUAAAAGUACUCAUUGUUUGACCUUGUAUAAAGAUGCCCUUGAUCUGGAAAGUCAAACUUGUUAGUAAGGGGCAGCGUCCUGGAUCCUACUGAUAACUACUUCCUCCUUUUCAUUUUAAUUGUUACACUUUUACAUUUUACACUAUUCACAUAUUGCACUUUGACCCUCGUCUGUAACUUAUAUGUGAAUAAAAACAUAGUCAUGUGAGAUCUUGUUAGA